AUGAGUACCUCCAGCAAAAAGACUUUGUCAGUGGUCAACUCUUUGGCCAAAAUAUUUGACCCAAAUGCUUUACGAAACCAGCGCCCUUCUAUAGAAGAAACCUUACAAGCUACUCAUUGCGCUGACAACAAUGUUAGCUGCCCUGAAAAUGUGAGUGUGUUGGAUUUGAAGUUUGCUUCCUUGGGUCAGAAAAUAGACACAAUACUGACCGUGCAAGACUGUGUUCUUCAGAAGUUGGAUUGUGUUUCUCAGGAAAUCUUCUGCAUGGAAAAGGAGGUUGAGACGUUGAAGGGGAAAGGAAGAGGCUCUGGACCGUCCGUUAUAACGUCUGAGAAUCUAAGUAGUUUUGAUGUAAAGAUGUUGUGCAUAGAAAUUAACAACAAACUGGCAGAUAUGAGCAAGAAUGCCGAACAGCAAGCAAAAAAGUUAGAUGGGCUGGAGCAAGUUGUGCUGGGGGUACAGCAGCUUGUUGGCUGUUUGGUAGAGAAGCUGAGGACUUCUAAAAUCAACAAUCUAAUACAUAGAAAUGAACUUCCUCAUAAGCUCCUUAGAGUAGGUGGCUACUUGAGAAAAGAUAAAUCAAGCAAUCUUUUCAGGAUGCAGACAUUUUCAGACAAAAAGGAUGUUUUGUUCAGCAAAAGAAAUGAAAAGGAGAAAUCAUAUUUAACUACAAAGGGAACAAAAUCAAUGAAAAAGAAGAAACCACCUGAUUCCUCAGAGGAAUCUGAUGAGAAGAUUCAUACAGAGAAGGUUCAUAAACUUAACAAGGAGAAUACAACUACCGUUUUUGGUCAAAGAAGUCUCCCCAUAUCUUAUAAUCAUGGAUCAAAGAACAAUGCAGAUGAAAUCAAUAGCAACAGUUGGGAAAAGCCUCUUCAGAAGACAACAGAAAAAAGCCAAGGAAAAGCAAAUGCCAUGGGUAAUGCUAGUAAAAAAAUGAGUGGCCAUGAUAUUAAGGGAGACUCGCUGGGAUCUGUAAUGAAGCAGGAGGUGCUUGAACAAAGCUGGAAGAACACAGAAGAGGAGGUUGAAGGAAGAUAUUCUAACAGUGCUGAUGAGAGGAAAGUACCAGAAACUACAUCCUAUAGUGAAGACACAGCAGAAGAUCAUGAGGACCCAUCAAAAACACAGGGUCAACAUAUCAAGCAUAAAGAUAGUGAAAAAUCAUCAUCAUCGUCUCUGAAAGAUGAGCAGAAUGCCAGCAGUAAGCGUCGAGUGAAUGAUGAAGGGCUUACUAAAGAUGACAAUAAAAAGAGCAGGGUAGACGCAGCAAAUUCCAGUGGUGAACACAGCUCAGAAGACUUGGCUAAGCUGAAUAACGCAGAGCCUGCCACAUUAGAACAAGCAGAAAAAUCUGAUUCAGCUGCUGAUGAGAAUGAAAAUAACCAAGAGCCUUCUAUAGGAAACACUGAUGUUAUAAUUGAUGAUUGCCCUCCUCCUCCAGCCCCUUUUGAUCAUCGGAUUGUCUCGACCAAAAGGGCAGGGAUCAACUGCUUUUAUAAUGUGAACAAGAGUGAUAUUUUGGGAGGUGGACGAUUUGGACAGGUGCAUAAAUGUGAAGAAAAAUCAACAGGUCUCAAAUUAGCUGCCAAAAUUAUAAAAGUCAGAGGUAUAAAGGAAAAGGAUGAAGUAAAGAAUGAAAUCAAUGUCAUGAACCAGUUGAACCAUGUGAACCUCAUUCAGCUGUAUGAUGCAUUUGAAUCCAAAAAUGAUAUUGCUCUCGUCAUGGAAUAUGUGGAGGGAGGAGAACUGUUUGAUCGAAUUAUUGAUGAGACUUCUAAUUUGACAGAAAUGGAUACCAUCUUGUUCAUAAAGCAGAUUUGUGAAGGGAUUCAGUACAUGCACCAGAUGUAUAUUCUCCAUUUAGAUCUGAAGCCUGAAAAUAUCCUCUGUGUGAAUCGAGAGGCUAAUAAAAUAAAGAUUAUUGACUUUGGGCUGGCGAGGAGAUAUAAGCCAAGGGAGAAGCUGAAGGUCAACUUUGGCACCCCAGAAUUCCUCGCUCCUGAAGUUGUGAACUAUGACUUUGUCUCCUUUCCAACUGACAUGUGGAGCAUAGGAGUCAUUGCCUACAUGUUGCUCAGUGGAUUAUCUCCUUUUCUGGGGGACGAUGAUAAUGAGACUUUAAACAACAUCCUUGCUUGUAAAUUUGACUUCGAAGAUGAAGAAUUUCAAAAUGUGUCAGAGGAAGCCAAAGAAUUCAUCAUUAAACUUCUCAUCAAGGAAAAGGGCUGGAGAAUAAGUGCCACAGCAGCCUUAAAACAUCCUUGGUUGUCAGACCAAACCCUCCAUUGCAGACUCCUGGCUCAGAUGUUUGUUAGCAUCAGUGACUUGGGCAGAGAGAGCCAGAUCUUUAUUUCCCACACUUACAACGCAACCACCCACUUUGAGACAACGUGCAACAACAUCAAAGAUAUUUACAAGUGGAUGAUUGGCGUAGACUUUGACGAGAUGAAGCGGAAGAAGAACGACAUCUACGGCGAAGAGGAGCAGCAGUAG